UCCCCAUUUAUGUUACCAGGUCAUGUGAGGUUAUUACACAAGAGUUAGAGACAGAGAUCGUUUAAGGAACGGAGCUGAAUUAUUUACAUUACAAAACAAACUCCUGAUAUCCUCAACUACCAACAUGAUGGGGAUUCUGUCCCUUCUCCUCAUCUCCUGUCUUAUUGUGUCACCUGUCAACUCUGCGCCUGCAGAGGAUGAGAUUCUGUUAAUGCCAGGAUUGCAGAAGCAGCCAUCAUGGAAACAGUAUUCUGGAUAUCUUAAUGCCACGGGCGACAAAAAACUUCACUACUGGUUUUUAGAAUCCCAGAACAAUCCUAAGACUGACCCUGUUGUCCUGUGGAUGAAUGGUGGACCUGGUUGUAGUUCUGAUCUUGGCUUGCUCAGCGAACAUGGGCCAUUCAGGAUUAAUUCCGAUGGAGAAACUGUGGAUUACAACAUGUACAGCUGGAACACUGUAGCAAACAUGAUUUACCUGGAGGCUCCAGCAGGUGUAGGCUAUUCUUAUUCGCCCAGCAAAGAUUACCGGACUGAUGAUGACCAGGUAGCUGAGGAUAAUCACCUCGCUUUAAAACAGUUCUUUUCGAAAUUUCCGGAGUACAAGGCUAAUGAAUUCUUUGUCACUGGAGAGAGUUAUGGAGGAAUUUAUGUUCCCACACUAUCAGCCAGACUUGUGGAUGAUUCUAGUUUCAACUUUCAAGGCUUUGUUGUCGGCAAUGGACUUAGUGACGCGGAAAUGAAUACAGACUCGUUAAUAUACUUCGAAUACUAUCAUGGACUGAUAGGAGACAAAGUGUGGGCGGACAUGACAGAGUUCUGCUGCGGAGGAAAUAUCACUCGGUGCUCAUUUCUGGCUAAUGCUAAGAAAAGCCUAGGCUGUGAGCAGCUUGUCGAAGGUGUGUUGAAUAUUGUAUACAGCAGUGGCCUCAACGAAUACAACCUGUAUGCUCCCUGUGAGGGGCAAAAUGGUCUUUCGUGGGACGACUCCGGCAAAAAAGUUACAUGUACUCACAUCAACUGGCCAUUCACAUUCUUUUCACCAGUACAGAAACAAGCGAAGUUUCUACAAGAAAAUUAUGACAUUGAAAAUAAUGUGAGAAUGACCCCUCCAUGUCUGAACUAUGACAAUGUUGUGAAGUACAUGAAUUCUGCAGAGGUGAGGAAAGUCCUACACAUACCAGAGCAGGUCCAGAAAUGGGAUAUAUGUAGUUCUACAGUCAGUUUGUUGUAUAAGACUCUCUACAACUCUAUGAAGGAACAAUACCUCAAAGUCCUGUCACGCAAGAAACGAGUGAUGGUAUACAAUGGAGAUGUGGACAUGGCAUGUAACUUCCUAGGAGACGAGUGGUUUGUCAACAGUCUUGGACAGAAGGUUAUAACAGAGAGAAGUCUGUGGCACAUCAAGAAAGGUACUGAUCAACAGGUUGCAGGAUUUGUCAAACAGAUGGAAAAUAUUUCUCUUGUGACCAUAAAGGGAGCUGGACACAUGGUACCCACAGACAAACCAGGAGCAGCCUUACUCAUGUUCUCAAGUUACCUAAAAGACCAGCCAUUAAAGUAACAGAACAAGUCCACACUUCAUCCUGCUGUCAUAAUUGAGAUGAGUUUGACAUACAGAAGACUUGGCUUAGAUUUUUAUUCUCUUGGCCAGGAAUACAUGGUUCCAGAUAAUUAGAUCUUAGAAAAUAUGGCGGAGAUCCCAUUAUAAUCCUUCCAUCUGAAGUCACUUGGUGUUCGUUUCUUUGUUAAUCUUCUAAAACAUCUAUCCUGCAAUAAGUCCAGGGGACGGUACAUGACCUCUGACACAAAGUUGCGUGAUGGGCUGAUUGCAGGACAGUGUUAUCACAUUUCAGUGCUGUAAUAUGCAACGGUACUUUUUGGGCUGAAAAUGGUAAAAAAACAGCUUCUACUUGCAUAAUGUUCACACUCCAAAAUUCUGUCAAAAUCCAUCUCAGGGAACCAAAAAAUUGAUCUUGGAAUGUUCAGCUAACAUGUCAGACCAACGAUAUAAAGUCUGAAACUUGAAAGUAUUCUCUUCAAAACUUGUACUUAUCUCAAUUACCGACUUAGAAUAACCUAAUGUUUGUGCAUCUUCUAGCUUGUUUUGCUGUCAUUACCUAUCCACUUAUCCCUUAUUUAUUUUGAGUACACAUGCACUUGUCUUCACACUAGCCCUAAUCAGCAGUGUUCAGGGUUAUAAUCACAGGUACAAGUCAUUAUCUACCUAUUCAUGACCAAACCAAGUAAAUACGAUCUCCACAUGUCAACUUUUCUUUCAUGCUCAUCAAGUGCAUGCCAGAUGGCAAAUUGAGGCCCCAACUCUGUAUAUGUUAGCAACUGGUAUAGGGAACACAGAAUGGAAUCAAGAAUGGGCUUAGUGUUAAUUUUAUGACACACAAAAAUGUAAGAAAUAUUCCCUAAUAUGCUGUAUGUUCUAGAUGAAUACAGUAUUGCUGUAGUCAUAGAACCCCAUUUUUAACAAAUUGAACUGUAGCUCAUGCUGAAAUAGAUCUGUCCGUGAUGAGUGACUGGUCAGUCUUGGAUGAAGGACUGGUCAAUCUCAGCUGAGGGACUGGUCUGUUCAGGAUGAGUGACUGGUCAAUCUCAGCUGAGUGACAGGUCUGUUCAGGAUGAGUGACUGGUCUGUUCAGGAUGAGUGACUGGUCAAUCUCAGCUGAGGGACUGGUCUGUUCAGGAUGAGUGACUAGUCAAUCUCAGGAUGAGUGACAGGUCUGUUCAGGAUGAGUGACUGGUCAGUCUCAGGCGAGGGACUUCGUCUGUUCAGGAUGAGGGACUGGUCAGUCUCGGGUGAGGGACUGGUCAGUCUUGGAUGGAGGGCUGAUCCAUUAUGUGGGACCAGUCAGUUCAGGAUUAAGAGCAAAGUUCGAAACAUUGGUUCUGUUCCAUUUAAAUGGGAGGAUCAGAUGGGAGUUUCAAGUUCAUUCCAAGACUUUUAGGGAAGGUAUCCAGAUAGCCUGUUUAUUUUUACAAUCAACUGGACACCUUUAUCAGAGCAUUUAUUUUUUAUCUGUUGAGAAGUCUGCAUUCAUUUGAUGUGUAUGAUGUUGAAAUCAAUCUUUAAAAGUUUGUAUAUCAUAUUCGUGAUGUCUCCUAUGUGCUCUCUACUUAUAUUUUUUCUUGACUUUUUUUUUUCUGAUGCCAACCAGAAGUUACUAAUAUUUAUGUAACACUGGUCAUUAGAAUAAUGCUAACAGAAAAUCAAUAACUACAAAGUUCAACUUUUGGAUACAUGUUUAUCUUUUGCCAAUCAUGCGCUCUACAGAUGGUAUAACUGUCGCCAAAACAUGUACUUUAUCCAUGGUAUAUAUUUUCUCAUCUCUGUGCUCUACAGAUGGUACAUCCUUUGCCAAUUAAAUCCUCUACAGAUGGUACAUCCUUUGCCAAUUAAAUCCUCUACAGAUGGUACAUCCUUUGCCAAUUAAAUCCUCUACAGAUGGUACAUCAUUUGCCAAUUAAAUCCUCUACAGAUGGUACAUCCUUUGCCAAUUAAAUCCUCUACAGAUGGUACAUCUUUUGCCAAUUAAAUCCUCUACAGAUGGUACAUCUUUUGCCAAUUAAAUCCUCUACAGAUGGUACAUCUUUUGCCAAUUAAAUCCUCUACAGAUGGUACAUCUUUUGCCAAUUAAAUCCUCUAUGUUAUGUCUGUUGCCUAUUUUACCCUUUACAAAUGUUGCUAUAUUAAAGAGUUGAACUGUAGAGCAUCAAAAUCAGAGAUAAUUACUUAUCAAGGGAUGUAACUUUAAAAAUUCCAUUAUCUACAUGAACAUUUCUUACUGAUACAUGUGAACUUGAUUAAAGGAGUGACACGUUAGAAUUUCCUUAUGAAGAAUAUUUUGGAUUUUUGACACUUUUACAAGAUAUAUAACAUUCCUCCAUUUUCAUUCUGUCUUAAAGUAUACAUGUUUUUAUUUAGAUAUGUAAUGUUUGCUAUCUGUAUAUGUUUAGUGUAUAAGAUCUCCUUGUUAGCUGGAUGUUGUGUGUACCAUAGACAUGGAAAUAUUCACUCAGGGUUAAACUUCCAUGUUCACCCAGUGUUAAAUUCACCCCAAAAUACAUUAAUGUAUGGGUUAGGUUUAUGACACCAAGUAUUAGCUCAUUUUAUAGCCUAUUUUUACCCUAUUUGUGAAGCUUCUCAAUAAACAGUGUAUGUAUCUCUGUGUGAAUCAUGGCAUAUCUCUUGUUGAUGUGAGUAUGAGAGCCAGUUAAGAGUGGUAAAGUCAUUUGAUUUAGUUAAAGUCUUACAAACUCUGUUAUAAAACUAUGUUUACAUUUGAUACAAACUUUGUUUUGUUUUAAAACUGUGCUUACAGUUAAUAUAUACUCUGUUUAGUUAUAACACAUCUCACCACUCCUAAGUCAAGAGUUUUUUCUUUACAAUAUCAAGUGUUUGCUGUGUAUUACAACUGUUGUUACCAUUUUGGUUUUUUUUUGUAUUUUUAGAUUACGGGUAUACUUAAACAAGUAGCCAGGUGAAAAACCAACAAGUUAUGAGAAAAGUUGACAUAUAACACGAGGAAUGUAUUUAUCUCCAAAACAUAAUCAUGCUCAUGGUUCAAAUGUAAGAAAGAAAGAUUUUUGUUUAAUUUGAAAUCUGAAGUAAAAAAAGUUUGGAUUUGGUACUAUACACAGAAACCAUUUUACUGCACUGUAUGUCCAUUCAAACAACCUUGGAAGUAUCAGUGUUAUGCAAAUUAGAAAAAAUAUAAGACUUCUUUAUCUUGAUAGCUGUUUCGAAAUAUGAAGGUGAUAACCAUUAACUAUCAUAUCAAGUUUGUAAUUCUGAUAGAAAUAACUCCUUCAUAUGCAUAAGAAUAUUGUGUUAUAUAAACUUAUUUGGUAUUGUUAAAUGAGUUGCUCUAAGAAUAGAUAUUGCUUGCUUUAAGAUAAAAUAAAUCAUUUUCAUGAAUAUAUAAA